AUGGAGGGAUCCGCCGCCAAAGGUGUGGAAUUGAACGAUUGUGAUGCCGACAAUCGAAAAAGCAGCAUCGUGAGCAGGAUUUACGUCACGGGAUACAACACUUCGCUUUCUGGCCAUGAUUUCGUUCUCUCUAUGAGAGCAAUUUUCGAUUCAUGUGGAGAGGUGAUGCAUGUUUAUAUUCCCGGAUACGCUAGACGCAGAAAACUCAACAGAUUUGCCUUGAUUUAUCUUCGGGGAGAAGGUGCACAAGAGAAGCGUUGA